ACUUCCGGUAUGGACUUCCGGUGUGGAUGUUGUGGCGGCGCCAUCUUGCCUGCAGUAGGGUACUCUUGGGAAGGAAGUUGGCGAAAAAGAUAAAAUACAGAAUCUGGUGAAACUUAAUACUAUAGGUUUUUAAACAGACAUAACCACACCGGGUCAAAAUUGACCCGGUGAAGAUAAAAAUUGCGUUGUCCAAACGAGGAAAACACAAGGGUAAAAUAUUUAUAUUAAAUACAAACUAAUAAACACUCACGUGCUCGUCCACGCGGAACGUUUCUCCCUCUGACAGUUUGUUUGGUCGGUACGUGUCCCCUUCACUGACGUCAUAUCCGACUAUCACUACCGCAUCCGCAAACAGACUCAGGUUUCCCACGUGGUCAGAGUGUCCGUGGGUACCCACCACCAUGUCCACGUCCCCCGGGUCCAGACCUCUGUCUUUCAGGGUCUUCAGGAGAAAGUCCCGGUCCCACGGCCCCCCCGUGUCCACCAGGAUGGUCCGGGGUCCAGUUAUCAGGGAGAUGGUCCCGUCAGCUCUGAACGUCCCGUCCGGCUGAGGGCGGCAGUACCCGGGUUUCAGGACCGACACGGAGUACGGUGCACCGGGGAAGUCCGUCUGAGAGUCCGGGAGAGGGACACUCUGGACCCCGGCAGGGACCACAUCGCUUUCAGUCCGGUUCAUGACCAUAGACUGUAGUUCAUGACAUAAAACUACAGAAGAGCUGUUUCUUCUUCUUCUGUUAUAUUAACGGCAGGUUGCAAACCAACUGCAAUGGUGCACAACCCCCCCUACUGUACCGGAGGAUAACAGCAGGGUUUAGUUUUUCAGGUUACAUUCUACAAAAUGAAAACAUCAAAACAAAUAAGAAAUAAUAAUACAAUGAAUUAAGGCAUCUAACUAAAUAAAUACUAAUACUUAAUAGGUAUAUAUUUAAAUAAAGAAAUACAUAAUGAUAGGUCAAUAAAUAAAUGAUUUAAUACAUUAAAAGAUAUACUUUUUCAAACAAAGAAGUGAAUUAAUACGCCCUCUUUCAUUUAUUCAGUCUUAAAUAGUUUAUCCAACAUGACUAUAACCCAGCUUUUUUUUAACUCAACUUAAAUUUGACAUUAAAUAACAAACAAACACUUAGAAAAUAUGAACUGCAUACAGGGGAGUAAAAUACAUGACAAAAAAUUUGCAUUUCUCUUCUUCAGCUGUUGCCAAAAUUGGAAAUGCUGACUCAACCUAACUUUGAUCAACCCGUGACUUAUGAUUGUUUUAGUCUUCUGUAACACAAAAUCAUGUCACAAUCUCUGUGUCCUCUGUACCAGUUUAAUUGUAGUGAUAACUCACACGUUCAUAAUCCCUUUACCAUAAAACUUACAUUUAUAUGAGACUAUCCUUUUCCUCCUCUGCAUUUAUUCCAGCUUUAAACGUUCUCAUUUUGAAGUUUAAUAAACAAAUAAGAUGCUCUUCCUACAAGAGCGAUGUCAGGAGAUGAUGUGAAACCUGCAAAUGCAUCAACCUGGAGAGAACUACAGGGCUGCCUUCAUGAUGCACAUUUCACACUGUUUUGUUGGUGUUAAAAAGUAGUUAUGUUGCUUUUAAUCCAGAUGAUGGCGCUACAACACUGCCUCUUAGACUAAGCGUCAAUACUGAUUUAUUGCACGGUUUUAGGGUUGUGUUGUGCAAGUUUUUGGAAGAGUGUCCAACUGACUUUUGAGUUUUAUAUCUCUAAAACCUGCCGAGUCAUAAAAAUAUCACCUCCAAACUCAAACUCAACUAAACGACAAGCAUGCAGCUUCACAAAAGAACAGAGACAGAAAACAACAGGAGACAAGAUGAUGAUCAUAAAAAAAUACUUCAAAAUAAAAUACAAUUAGUACAAUAAGUAAAGGUACAAAGCUAGAGGUUAAAAGAGAUCUGUUAAAUACAGGAAAUGUAUAGAUAACUAAAUAAAUACAUAAGAUAAAUACAUGUUGUUAAAACCAUGAUAAGAAAAUCAGUCAAGGACUAAAAAUAAAUUUCUCUAAAUUAAAAGCCAGACUAAAAAGAUAGUUUACUUUUAAAAACUAAAGAUAUACAGAGCUGUGACAGAAUUUUAGACACUCAUGAACUCAAAUUGUCUUCUGGAAGUUUUUUUGGAUUUCUGUCACCUUAACUUUGAUUAAAGUCUAUAAUUAUCAUGCCUUUAAUGCCCUUUAUUAUCCUGGAUAUAGCAUCUCUGAUAUUUGACUUUGAUUUCUUAACUCUCUGGGGUCGUCAAGUUUGGAGAUAUUUACUCAAAGAAAUAAACCCAGCCUUUAGAAAAUGAUCACCAUGCUUUAAACUGUGAUAUUCUCAAAGGAUGUUAGUCUCGAAAUAUUGUUGACUGGGUUUCCUUCAUAAUUUUAUUUUCUGAGGCACUUUGAACAAGACAAUAAAAGCCGGUCAAAGUCUGCGCUACCUUCCAGUAAGCACGUUAUAAAAGUUUAUUAUGAGCUCACAGUAAAAAAAAGUAUUUCCUUAUCUGGUCAGAGUCCAGACACAACAGAGACUCCACAGACAAACACAUCAAGUGUGAAUCUGUGACCUGAAUCUGGAUGGAUGAUGGCAGCGAACACAACAAAUCAGUCCGAGAAGAAAGAUCUCUCAAAGAAGCAGACCAAAGCUCUGGAGAGAGUCAGCCUCGUGAGCUCUGAGCCCUGGCUGAAACCCAGCCUCAGUGAGCUCCAGGUGAAGGACUCCGAGGGAUUAUCCAGCAGCUGUCAGGUGUGGAGCUCGUCCUCUGCAGCGAAGCCUGACCUGAAGUUGAUGCAGAGUCUGUCAGAGUGCGUGCAGCUGCUUCAAACACUGUCAGAGGAGGUGAACAACAUCAGCCAGGUUAAACAAGGCAGUAAGAAAGCAGCACCAGCAGGGGGCAGCAGUGAGCUGGACAGCAUGGAGAGCAGCAGGAGUCUGAUCUUGAAGUGGGCUGCAGAGCUGGAACAAAACAUGGUACAAAAGAAAACCAAACCAACCAAUGAGAAGAAAAAAAGAAGAGAAACUCUGGGACGGAAAGAGAAAACAGACGAGGACAAACUGAACGAGAGGCUGCAGCAGUGGGCUGUAGAGCUGAGGGAUAUCAAAGAGGCUAACGGUGUAUCCGAUGCGGAGCUGAAGAAGCUGUUGUAUCCCAGAGGAUCGAUCAAGUCGAGGUUGGCGACCCUUCUUCCUCUGCUGGAGUUUGUGACCUGGUCUCUGUUAGCGGAGGAUACUGAGGAGUCUGUUUCCAUGAUGUGGCUGACGACUAAACAAAAAGCCUGGAGGACGGCGAGCAGAAUCCCCAAAUACAUACCCAACUCAGUGUGGCAGUGGAUUCAGAGCGCUGCAGUGUCUGUCAGGUUCGACAUCAGCUCCUGUCACCCUUGGCUUGUCGUGUCCCCAGACCGGCUGCAGGUCCACGAGGAAGCUUCUUGCUCCCCUGCUCCCUCAAACAGUUCGAGUCUCCCUAAAUGGCCUCUCGUGUUGGGAGACACUGUCAUCACUGCAGGGAGACACUACUGGGAGGUGGAGGUGGAGGUGGAGGUGUCGGUGUCCCCUGAAGGCAGCUGGAGAAUAGGAGUCAUGUCCCAGUCUGCCCCUAAGAAGAAAAACUCCACGCUGUCCCCCAAAGGAGGGUUCUGGACUCUGCGGAAGGCGUCCAGUUUGUGGGCCUGCACGGACACGCCUACUAACCUGCAGAUGGCAUCUGUGCCUCAACGGGUUGGGGUGUAUGUGGACAUGGAGGAGGGUCAGGUGUCUUUUUAUGACGUGGAUCAGAGGGUUCACGUGUACACGUUCUCCGAUACGUUCAAACAUGGUCUGAUCCCCGUGUUCGGAUGGCUGGACGGAGACACGCUGCUGAGGAUCAGACCUGCAGACCUGUCAGUCACUGCUCAGGGAAAUCACACGUAGGAAGCUUGUUGGUCUUUGUAGAUUCACAUUUAGAUAUCAUUUUGAGUUCUACAUUUUCUUUCAAUCAUUACAUAUCUGCAGAUCAUUUUUGUUUAUUUUUUAUAACUUCACCUUCAAAUGUCUUAACUCUGUUACACUUGAUACAAUAAACGCUCUCAAACACUG